AUGUCGAACGCACGAAAUUCCGCCCAAUCGCAAGAGGAGCAAUCCCUCCUGGUAAAGCGGUGCUGUUUACAGGUACCCAGUUACUGGCAGGACUUGGUGUUCUUCUUCAAUUUCCGUAUCAAUGCCUUUGCUGUGCUGGGCCUUACUUUCUCAUGGGGUGCGAUUAUGGGCUUCCCUGCGCUGGGUAUCGAUCUCCUCCAUAAUAGCGCCGCACUGGAAGCUGCUGCUGCGCUUUACGCUAGUUGUGUAACCUGGACGGUCCUGUAUGACAUGAUAUAUGCGCAUAUGGACAUUAAAGAUGACGUUGCGGCUGGCAUUAAGUCUAUUGCCCUUCGUCAUGAAAAGAACACGAAAGCUGUGCUUUCAGCUCUCGCCGCCGUCCAGGUGCCAUUACUCGCCGCUGCAGGUGUAGCAGCGGGAAGCGGGCCUAUCUUCUUCAUCGGCAGUUGUGGCAGUGCAGCUGUCACCCUCGGUCUCAUGAUCUGGAAAGUUCAGUUAAAAAACGUACAGAACUGCUGGUGGUGGUUUAAGAAUGGUUGCUUGCUCACCGGUGGAGGCAUUACCCUGGGAAUGUUCCUUGACUAUGUCGCGAAAAUCACUGGGUUUUAUGAUCCGGACGAGGAGCCGGUUUCCCUGGAGAGCUGA